AUGUCCGGUCUGCCACACAUAUCGAAUUGGGUGGAUGGCACGCACGCCCUGCCGGCGGCGGAGCGAGUGGAGGUGAUCAAUCCUGCGACCGAGGCGGUCAUCGGCACGGUGGACGCGACGAGCCGGGCGACGGUGGACGCCAUCAUCCAGGAGUCGCUGGCGUCGUUCCGGCGCGGGCGGUGGUCACGGGCGGAAGCGUCGGAGCGGUACGCGGUGCUGAGCAAGGCGGCGGCGCUGCUGCGGGCACGCAUCCCGGAAUUCGUCGAGCUGGAAACCGAGCAGACGGGCCGGCCGGUGCGCGAGAUGCGUGCGCAGCUCGCGCGCAUCCCGGAGUGGCUGGAGUACUUUGGGUCGCUGGCGCGGGUGCACGCCGGCCAGGUGACGCCGUUCAAGGGCCCCGUGGUCAACACGCUGACGCGGCAGCCGUUGGGCGUGGUGGCGCAGAUCACACCGUGGAACCAUCCGCUGCUGAUCGCCACCAAGAAGAUCGCGGCCGCCCUGGCCGCCGGCAACGUGGUCGUGGUCAAGCCGUCUGAGCUGGCGCCCCUGUCGGUGCUCCGCCUCGGCUCCCUAUUCCAGGAGGCCGGCCUGCCCGACGGCACGCUGCAGAUCGUCUGCGGCUACGGGCGCGACACCGGCAGGUUCCUCUGCGAGCACCCGGCCUUGGCCAAGAUCGACUUGACCGGCGGCCUGGCCACCUACCGGGCCAUCGCCCCGGCCGCCGCCCUGAACAUGAUUCCCAUCACCGCCGAGCUCGGCGGCAAGGCUCCCGUGUGCCUGUUCCCGAGCCUGGACGUCGACCACGCCGUCAAGGCCGCUCUGUUCGCGAGCUUCAUCGCGAGCGGCCAGACCUGCGUCACCGGCAGUCGGCUACUCGUCCACCAGGACAUCUACGACCCGUUCGUCGCUCGCUUGGAAUCGAGAGUCCGAGCCCUGCGGGUGGGCGACCCCACCGACGUCCACACCCAGAUUGGCUCCGUCAUCUCCCGCGCCUCGGUCGACAGGUGCGCCGCCUUUGUCGACCGGGCCGUCAAGGAGGGCGGCCGGCUCAUCUGUGGCGGGAAGCCGACCGACGUCGACGGCAAGGGCUUCUUCUUCCAGCCCACCGUCAUCGAGACGCACCCGGGCUCGGACUUGUCAUGCAACGAGGUCUUUGGGCCUGUCAUCGCCCUCCUCAAAUGCUCUUCCGAGGAGCAUAUCGUCCAAGUCGCCAACGACAGUGCUUUUGCCCUGGGCGCUUCCGUCUGGACCAACGACUUUUCCCAGGCACAUCGAGUGGCGGACAAGAUUGAGGCUGGCAUCGUGUGGAUCAACGGCCAUCAUCUCAACGACCCGUCAUCCCCUUGGGGCGGGUUCAAGGAGAGCGGCAUGGGCAAGGAGAACGGCCUGGAGGCGUUCGAGAGCUACACUAAGGUCAAGAGCACCGUCAUCAACUACGGCAUUCCUCCCACUUGGUUCGACGAUGAGAUCGAAAACGCCCGCUACGGCUGA